CUGUCGUGGAGUGAUCUCUAUGAGAAAUUGAAAGCAAGCGAAGGCAUCGACUCUCUUUGCUGCAAAUUUCCCGAAAUAUGGCUCACUUUUUAACAGGAAUUAAAGAAUACUUUUUGGGUACCAAAAAUCAAUAUGUCGCCACGGUUGCAAUUGAUCUUGGAACAGUUUCCAGUGGCUUUGCCUAUACACUUCAUACGAACCAAAGUCAAGACGCGAUUUUCGUGAACAGUGACUGGGUGAAUGAAUUUGGUCAUCGAACGAGCAAGACCCCUACAUGCUUGCUUCUCAAACCAGACCUUUCAUUCUACGCCUUUGGGUACAAAGCGUUGGAAUGGAAUGCAUAUUUUCAAAGCACCCACGAAACACAAGACAUGUUGUUUUUUGAGGUUUUUAAGAGAGAUUUGCAUAGUGAUAAGAUCGUAGACUUCGACUGUACCCUUAAAGCAGCAAACGGAAAGAGUAUAAGAGCCAUAACAGUUAUCGCACAGUGUAUCAAAUUCUUCAAGGAUGAAGCAGUGGCCUGUGUAAGGCGAGAGGUUGGAGAAGAUGAAAUUGAUGAUGAAAAAAUAUACUGGGUUUUUACUGUACCUCAAUCUUGGACGGGAAGAUCUAAGCAGUUCAUGAGAGAAGCAGCUUACGAGGCUGGUAUUGGUUCACGUGGUAACUUAGGACAGCUGAUGAUUGUCAGUGAAGCUGAAGCAGCCCUGGAAUUUUGUGUAAAGACAGAGCUAAGCACACCCGUUUUAAUCGCUGAUAUUGGAGGAGGGGGCCUGGAAAUGACUCUCUUUGAGCAACAUAAUGAAGGAAAAGUCGUUAAGACCGACAAGGUGACUCGUCCUGCGAAUACCGCUGUUCAUGAAGAAAUGUUCCUGGAGCUUUUAGAAAGGACGUUUGGGGAGCAAAAAGUUCAAGACUAUCAGAAGCUGUACCCAAGUGAUUUACACCAAAUCUUUCAGAACUUUGAAGCAAAGAAGCGCACUUUCCGAUUCAAAGAGACAAAGAUUCAAUUGCCAGGCAGUUUUGUCAGUUUCGUGAACGAUUUUGUCUCUCCAUCCAUGAAACAUUACAGUAAGGGGGAGGUUAGAAUAGUGGAUGAUCAGUAUCUUUGUCUGUGCGCUGAAUGCAUGAAAACUCUUUUGAAGUCUGUGACAGAAGAUGCAAUAACUGAAAUGAAGGCUUUCCUCGGCAAACCGCAGCUUUCAGAGGGUGUUAGGAUAUUUCUUGUUGGUGGACACGCUGAAUCACUUCACCUCCAGGAAGAAUUCAAGAGGGAGUUUUCUGGUCGUCAUGAUGUAACGACGUAUCGUGACGCCUCCCUUGCAAUUGUUAAGGGUACUAUGAUGGUUGCUAAGGCAAUGAAUUCAAAGAGGGAAUCAGGGAUCAUUGGUGCAUGUUAUGGUGUCGACUGUUCACGAAAUUUCGUUCGAGGUCUGCAUCCACCAGAGAAGAAAUUCUUUGCUGAUGGUAAAGCGAAAUGCAGAGAUCUGUUUCACUGCAUUGUUAAGAAAAAUGAUACCAUCAGACACGGAGAGAAAAUCUCUGUAAGAUAUCGUCCACUCUAUGCGAAUGAAACAGAAAUUAAAUACACCUUUUACGCCUCACAGAGGUCAGACGUCGACUUUAUUUUCGUUACAGACCAGGACGUGAAAGAAAUUGGAAGUAUCGUAAUCCAUUCCCCUGAUACGAGGAAUGGUUCGGAAAGAGAUAUUAUAGUCAGCAUCUAUUUCGGAGGAACAGAUUUAAUAGCUUCGGCUUGGGAUGUAACGAGCGGAAAGAGGGCUCAAACAACCUUGGAGGUGUCCCCACCUUUUUAGAACCGACGUAAGUGAUAGUUUACACUAUGACGACCGAGCUAAUCAUGAGUAACGUCUGCGCAUGUCAGUUAUGUUGUGCUAAAUAUAUUUUGUGCCGCUCUUGAAGAAAAGUCUGUAGCGAAAGUUUUAAGCUUAAUCUCUCUACUUGCGUCUUACCGAGGGAAAAACCGCGCCGCUUUUAAAAUUUUGGAAAAAUUCCGCCAUUUUAGUAUAUCGUUGCCAUAGUUUCAAGCAUGAGCUCUCGAAAGUUGCUGACAUGGGCAGAUAUUUUUCAUCUCUGUCCACUAUGCGUAGUCAGGCCCUUUCGACGAUAUGCAAGGCAUUCUCAAGAAGAUGAUUAUAUUAAUUAUGACUAUUUGUCUAAAUUGACAGUAUAGUUUAUUAACCUGCAAAACGUGAUGAUUACAACAAAGUGAAAAGAAAUUCUUAAAGAAAGAUCAGCACUAUGCGCAAAUAGGAAUACCCUUAGAUCAAAUCCAACUGUAGAGUGUCUUUUUGUUUACAAUGCCCAGCUUUUAUGAAAUGAAAAUAAAAAACUGGAAAAUAUAAAACAGAAUAUAAUCUAUUUUGUCCAUCAAAUAAUGACCUUCGGUCCUUGGUUGUUAUUGUUGUUGUUGGUUUGAUCGCCAUACUUGUAAUA